AUGACCAAGAUGACAGUUGACCCUCGUCCCGAGAGUGAUGCUGUCCCUAAUUCAACUGGGAUCAAAGUCGUCAUUGUGGGAGUUGGCCUUGCAGGCAUUACCGCGGCAAUUGAAUGCCAUCGAAAGGGGCAUUCUGUGGUUGUCCUAGAAAAGGUGUCCGUGUUAAAACAUGAUGCCGGCGAUGGAAUUAUGAUCGCCCCUAACGCAAGCAGGGUCAUCCGCCAGUGGGGCGAUGACCUGCUCGCAGAGAUUGUCCAGAAUCGCUGUGACUCCACGCAUGUAGAUAUGAUGGACCCCAACGAUAAUCUCAUUGCCCGGCAAGAACUUCCCGGAAAGGGGGAAGGGAUUGUGACCAAUCGUGGUAAACUAGUGUGUCUCUUAUAUGCCCACGCCAAGAACCGCUUGGGGAUUGAUAUUCGGCUGGGCUCUCGGGUGACCGAUUACUGGGAAGAGAACGGACAGGCUGGUGUGACUGUGGACGAUGGAGAGCGAAUCAGUGGAGACUGUGUGGUGUGCGCUGAUGGAGUCCAUGGGAUGUCCAGGAAGUUCGUCACCAAGGAGGAGCUCGCUCCCCAGGAAACUGGCUGGGCAACUUUCCGGGCUCACAUUGAAACUGACGCAUUUGCAAAUGACGAGGAGGCAAAGUGGGUUCUGGCCGGAACUGAAACAGAGGACCGAACCUAUGCAUGGUUUGGGGAAGGACUGAAUGUGGCUAUGAUGACCUUGAAAAGGGGCAAAGAGGUGGUGUGGAUGACGACACACAAGGAUUGUUAUGGAGCCCGUGAGACAUGGAAUGGCGGAGGUCAGGCCAAGAUCGAAGAUGCACUGGCGACCAUCAGUCACUGGCCUGGUAGGCACAGAAUCGAAGCCGUGAUUCGGCACACCAAACCUGACAAGUUGGUGAACCAUGCCCUCAUCUAUCGUCCGCCCCUCCGCACCUGGAUCUCCGAAGGCGGACGAACAAUCCUCAUUGGUGAUUCCGCUCACCCCUACUACCCCGUCGUAGCCCAAGGGGGGAGCCAGGGGAUCGAAGAUGGCGCUGUUCUCGCCAUUGCGCUGUCGCUAGCAGGUAAAGAGCGCGUCCCCCUUGCGCUGCAGGUGGUUGAAAAGAUCCGAUACCCACGAGCUUCGGUCAUCCAGUUGGGCAGUUCGACUUUCCAGGCAACUGUACUCCGGUCGGACUGGGGAAAGGAAGAGAGCAAGCGAGAUGAGUUCCGGUUUCCCAACCCGGACUGGAUAUUUAGCCAUGAUUGCCAGAGCUAUGCUUAUCAAGAAUUUGAGUCUGUAGUAGAGGCGAUUAGAGAUGGGAUGGAGUACGUGCCUACCAAUAUCCCUGUUGAUGGGGUGUAUCGAGUCGAAAAUACAUACAAGCGAGAGUGA